AAAGCAUAGCAUGACAUAUUUAGUGUGACUAGCUGCCGGAGAGUUCUGUUUUUAUUUCUCAUGAUGUCAAUGUUAAAUAAUCAAUAUCGAUGUCUGUAUUUGUUAAGACUUUGCUUUAGAUGGAAAUGUCAACAACAAGCGACCAGACUGUCAACAGUGAACAGCGGACUUCAUUCAACGGAAAUAACUUCAGUAUGCGGUGGCCGACUUAAGAGUAUUUGUACUGUAAAGACAGACCUGAGGACAAAUUUGUGUGGAGGACAUACACACACAAAGAGAAGACAAUUUCAUUUAAGCGCACCUUUUAUGGAAGUCAAGACAGAUCAAUUCAGAAAACUAACAGAGGCCGAAUAUGAGAAGCUAGCAGAUGAAACGCUGGAUGCAUUAGCAGAGUAUUUAGAAGACCUCGCAGAGGAGAGCUUCACCGGUAUGGACUAUGAUGUUGUGUUUUCUAGCGGUGUACUGACAAUGAAAGUGGGAUCUGGCCACGGUACAUAUGUGAUCAAUAAACAAACACCCAAUCAACAGAUCUGGCUGUCGUCUCCAACCAGUGGGCCGAAACGCUACGAUUGGACGGGAGAACGAUGGGUUUACGCUCGUGAUGGCAUGACGUUACACGAACUGCUCUCAAAAGAACUGGCCAUCAUCUUCCAAACAAAUAUAGACCUGUCCCGUCUCAUUUAUUCAUGAGACCGAUGUUAAAAACGGAUUUCAUAAUGUAGUAAAUAAUUUCUGUUUAUAGCAUGACUGUUGGGACGUCUUUGGGGAAAUACUAAGGGUAACCCCUCAAAAAUCCUUGCAUGAUUGUUUUAUGCUUUUAAUAUCUUUCUGUUAUGUAGAAAGUCCUCUGUACGCUGAUCUGCAUUGAAACCAAAUCAUCCCAAAAAGUUCUGCCAAAUAAAAAAAAUCAUCCCUUAAGAAUAUAGAGAUCAGGCAAACCACAUGGGAAAUUUAAUUGUACACAUCAAACCUGCACGCAACACUAAGCUUUAAAACCCACUCAAAACAGCAGUAAAAUAUUUGUAAUGAAAUCCCUGUAAAUGAACCUGGUUAGAUUAAAACCAGAUUACACGGUUCACAUUUAAUUGCUCUUGAAUAAAACAAAUGGACACAGAUUGUUUUUUGGAAGCUGCUCUUAUCCUCAGCAUCCUGCACGCCUGGUUCUGGUUGUACUGGAGGCUGUUGGGUAGACGCAGGAUAAGAGGAUUAUGAGACUGAUGGAGCAAAGGUUCUUCCUUUUAAGAGCUUUUAUUUUAGAAUAAUCUGUGACUGACAGCACUGCGCUGGCAUCAUAUUCUUCAGAGUCAUAUACUGUAGAUAGAGAUGAGAGCAGGUCUCCCACCAUCAGGUGAUUUACAAACAUCGAUCCACCGGUCUGAUUUACAGCCGAUCCACCAUAGAUUAAAGUUAUUAACUUUAAGGAUACAGGAUAGUGAAUCAUCCCCCCCUCCCAAACACCUCAUAAUGUAACAGGCAAUUAAUCAGUACAUUAAUUUAGCAUUGUCUCUGUAAAUAUUAAAGUAUGAGUGUGUUUGACGGUGUUCGGGUUGAAACAAAGGCCUGACAUUUUUGUUUCUGUCUUUUUUUAAAUACAUGCCUGAAAUUAAAUGAAAUAUUUAAUAUGUACGCUGGAUGUUCUGCUUCAGGAUCAAUAGUUUAUUUUAGUUCAAUUGAAGUAUGCAAGUUGUGAAAGAAUCUCUAUUUACUGUAUCUACCUGGAUCUUGUUGAGGAGAAACUGCAGAAGGUAUGGGAUUGUGGAAAGUGUAUAAAAAACUAAAACGAUUCGAUACACUCCGCCAGCGAUCGUACAGGUUUCGGAAAGUUCUUUUUCGAACAUAUACAACUGUUUUGUAGUCCCUUAUAAGACAAUUCUCCCCGAAAAGCACGGGGCACAACCACUAGGCAGCAUGGAGAGCAGAGAAGGAGCAUGCGCAGACGUCACUUGUAAGCAGGAGAGAGAGAGAGAGAGAGCAUACGUUUGCGAAGUUCAGGUGUUAGUUUGUUCACUACAUUUGGGUGAUGAAUGUUAUAUAAACUGUGGAUAUAACGCUGGAUUUGGAGAUCGUUUAAACUGAUAUAUGGAGCCGUCCCAGUGCUAGAAGAUGCCGGACAUGCGGUGAGGGAAACUGAUGUCUGUGUUUUGUUGACAAUGGGUGCGCACGUGCUUUGGUUGAGCCUACCCCUCCCCUGCACGUGCCGUAUGUUUUCGGAAACAAUCGUACAGCUGUAUCUAUCUUUUACAAAUGUGAUCAAACUAAAUACUCUUCGAAAAUACGAAGUAUGCAAUAAUACUCGAUAGGUACUCAAGAUUAAUAUGGGAUUGGCAGAAAACCCUGUGUUUAAAUUUUUUUUAAAAAUAUUGAAUGUUUAGCCUCUAACGUCGUGCGUUACACUGGUUGCACUCGAACCUUAGCUGUCUUCUUUGAUUUGAUUGGUCACCACACCGGCUCUGUAAACAGUAACUCCCGCCUUCUUACAUUUGAUUGGCCAAUGACCACCUUAUUUUAACAAUGAGGUUCAUUGCUAGACCGCAACACCGUGAAGGAAAAACGUGCUAUCCUGCGUGGGAAAAUGGAUGUGUGGCGUGAGAAAACCGCCAAUUGCGUGAGUCUCACGGCGAAUACGUGAGGUAGCUACUUAUUGCUAUAAGGUUGUCUUUGGCUUAUUUAUUUCAUUAUCUUAUGUGUAUGAUCUGGUUAGUUGCAUUUGUUAUUUAUAUUUACCAUUAUUGACUUUUUUUGGUCAUUUUAGUGUAUUUUUUUGUAUAAAACUAUCAGAACUACGACCCGAAAUCUGAUAGGCCGAAAGGAAUAUUUUUCUUGGACCAGCAAUGUCCAAACAAUCAUUUAGUUGUUAACGCAUGUGUCUUUAUACAGUCUAUGGUCUUUAAUGAGACGAAAGCUGUCUUUCAAACCAGAACCUAUUGAUCGCCCUCUAGUGUAACACUUUGAUGUAAUGAUCUGAGACCAAUUAUUUUGAAAUAGACCCCUCAUGGUAAUUGCACCAGCUGCUUUCCUCAUCAAAUCUUUGUUAAAGCUAUAAAAAAGCUUGUCUUUGAGCUCAAAGGUGUUCUUAAACAGAUUAUUCAAACAACUAAACGAAUUGAGUAAAGAUACAAGCAUCUUAUUCAAAUCCAGUCAGAACUCGCGACAGAUGAUAAACGCUUGAAGCAUCUUCUCUCUCUUUGUCCAGACAUGAAUAUGCAAAUGUCUAUUAUAGAGCUUGACUCACAGGCCCAAAAAUAGCAUGAAGUUUCCAUGGGAACAUGGAUUUAUCACUGAACUCUGAUGUCGGUUGAGUGGUUUCGCUCCCAGACAACCGAACUCUGAAAGAUUUCCCAACUGUAGAUGCUUUUUGUUUAUAAUGUCGCUGGGAAUCAAGCGAUGACAACAUCAUAUUCUGCUAAAUGUUUUUGAAAGGAUAUCCUCGAAUUUAAACAUUGGUAAUUUGGGAAGCUUUUAUUGUGCACAUGAAGGGGAAAAGCCUGGGGCGAAAAAUUCCAGGAAAAAACACGUAACAGAUUAUGUCAAGUAACAUUUGGAUUCGUGCCCCGAAAGCAGUUGUGUUUGAUGAUGCAAUAAUGACAAAAAUGUGUCUCAAUUUUUAACUGAAGGCUUGUCAUUCUAAAGAAGAAAGAAGAGACGUCUCAUCAGGGUAAGUCAUUGAAGUAAUUUCACAUUUAUAAAAAAAAGGCCUAAUCCGUUUUAGAUGACUUCAAGUUUACUGUGUAGGAUAUCUGGAAAUAUUAACGCAUAAAUAAAUGACUUAUUAGAAA